ACCUGCCCCCCAGCCCCUGCCCCUGCCUCGCCGGGCAGCCAGCCAGCCAUGCCCUCCUCGCCGCUCCGGGUGGCUGUGGUUUGCUCCAGCAACCAAAACCGCAGCAUGGAGGCCCACAAUAUCCUCAGUAAACGUGGUUUCAGCGUUCGAUCCUUUGGUACCGGGACUCACGUGAAAUUGCCGGGACCAGCGCCGGACAAGCCGAACGUUUACGAUUUCAAAACGACAUACGAUCAGAUGUACAGUGACCUGCUUAGGAAAGACAAAGAACUCUAUACACAGAAUGGAAUUUUGCACAUGUUGGACAGAAACAAGCGGAUCAAACCGCGGCCGGAAAGAUUCCAAAACUGCAAAGACGUCUUCGAUCUGAUCUUGACGUGUGAAGAAAGAGUCUAUGAUCAAGUAGUAGAAGAUUUAAAUUCCAGAGAACAGGAGACGUGUCAGCCUGUGCAUGUGAUAAACGUGGACAUUCAAGAUAAUCACGAGGAGGCAACGCUGGGCGCUUUCCUUAUCUGCGAACUCUGUCAGUGUAUACAACAUACGGAAGAUAUGGAAAACGAAAUAGACGAGCUGUUACAAGAAUUUGAAGAGAAAAGUGGACGGACUUUCCUGCACACGGUCUGCUUUUAUUAAGAAGGGGUCCCCCGUCUCCUCCUUUUUCGGCCUUACUGCAGACGAAAGAAGCAUGUGUUAGUUCUGACUCUACUGGACUUUUCCUGCCUCCUCUCGGAGAGUGAACUUGCAACGGAUUUCAUUGUUGCCGUUUAAUUUCUCUUCUCCCACUUUGAGUUUUUUUUUUAAAAUGUUGGUUUGGGUGGAGGAGGAGCAAUGUUUCUGUACAGAAACACAAAAAAGAACUUUGCGUCUAAGAACGAAAGACAUUCUAUACCGAAAGGCUGCUUUAUUUAAGAGAUUACAAAUCAAGGGUUUUUUUAAAAAAUCCCUUCCCCCCCCCCCGGUUCCCCCCCCCCCACUCCUGCUUCCGGAUACCCUACUUGAAUUAUUCUAAGUAAGGUUUUAAUUAUAAAGAGAAUAUUUCUGAGAAGAUAUCAUUUAUAUUUUCCAGCGUAAAGAGCUUAUCUUAUUUCAGUUCUUUGGGUUUCGUUUUUUGCUGGGGUGGGGGGUGGGCGGAGAGGGGAGAUACUUUUUUCUUUUAAAGGACUAGAAUUGGACGGCUGGGAUAUACAAAAGUAUGAAUGGGAUGAUGAAUAUCUGUAUAAUAUUAGGAAUGAAAUUGGAAGUCUCCAAUAAAUAUAAA